AUGCCUCCUCCGGACAGGUUCACAUUCAAUGACGUGUACGUCGUGUAUGAGCUCAUGGAUACAGACCUUCACCAAAUCAUCCGGUCGUCCCAGGCUCUGACAGACGACCACUGCCAGUACUUUAUCUAUCAGCUUCUCCGCGGUCUCAAGUAUGUCCAUACGGCCAAUGUGCUGCAUCGAGAUCUCAAGCCCAGCAACCUCCUCCUCAAUGCCAGUUGCGACCUCAAGAUCUGUGAUUUCGGUCUCGCUCGCACGGGAAGCGAGAAGGGUUUCAUGACAGAGUAUGUCGUGACUCGGUGGUACCGUGCUCCCGAGCUGCUGCUUUCCUGCGACGAGUACACCUUCGCCAUUGACAUGUGGUCCGUUGGCUGCAUCUUCGCUGAGCUUCUGGGACGGAAGCCGCUUUUCCCUGGAAAGGAUUACAUCCAUCAGCUGAAGCUGAUCAUCAACCUGAUUGGUUCGCCUGACGAAGACGACCUUCAUUUCAUUUCCAGCCAAAAAGCUCGCAGCUACAUCCGUUCGUUGCCGUACACACCCAGAGUCUCGCUCUCUCGCCUCUACCCCAGGGCCAACCCUCUGGCCAUCAACUUGAUUGAGCGGAUGCUUGUGUUCGACCCGAACAAGCGUAUCACUGUGGAAGAGGCUUUGGAGCAUCCGUACCUGUCCAUGCUUCAUGAUCCUGCUGUGGAGCCGUCUGCUCCGGCGCCGUUUGAGUUCGACUUUGAGGAUGAGGAUCUGAAGGAGGCCGCGUUGCGUGAAAAGUCCGAGAGCCAGAUAUGGGGCAUAUCCUCGUGGUUCUGGGAGGCAUGGGCUGGAAUGUCUGGUGGCAAUGUUGGGUUGGAUGGGUGGAGGAAGUCCGUCCUGCCCUACCACCACAUGGAUUACGUUCAGAACAUCAAACCCGGCAUGCCUCUCUUUACUCAGACCCCUUAUAACACCUCAUCGCACCUCAUGACAUCUUCCCUCUCCUCCUUCCCCACACUCCCCCCUGCCAUACCAGGCCUGCCCUACAAUCACAUGGAGUACGUUCAGAACAUCGCUCCCGGCAUGCCUCUCUUCCUCUUCAACUACUCGGACCGCCGCUUACACGGGAUCUUUGAGGCAGUGAGCCACGGAGAUUUGGAGAUCGACCCUCAUGGCUGGACGGGCAAGAAUGGCGGCCAGACCAGAUUCCCCGCCCAGGUGAAAGUCCGUCUGCGCCACAGGUGCUCGCCUCUCCCCGAGACCGCCUACGGCCCGGCCCUCAAUUAUUACUCUCCCACGCACUUCUUUUUCGAAUUAGACCACCAGCAGACCCAGAAGCUCCUCGCACUCUACUGCAAGCGCACCCCUGCCGCUGCUCCCCCCCGCCCUAGCGCGUCGUUUGGUUCGGCUCAAAAACCCGCUCUCACUCAGCCGCCGACUGCAUUUCCCUCUCUUCCCUCUCAUCCCUCUCAUCCCUCUCAUCCUCCUCUGAAUAUUCUUCCUCCUGCCACUGCUUCGCCACACAAACCCCUCCCCCGCCCCUCCUCUUCCUCCUCCUCCAAUUCCUCCUCCUCUGCCGCUUCAUCCUCCCAACCACCCUGGCAUUCUUCCGCUCCCCCUCCUGGACCUCAUUCCGGACCUCAUGCCGGUCCUUCCAAGCCAUCCGGACCUAAUUACACAUCCAAUUCCGGACCUCCAUCCAAAUCUGGAGCUUGGAACCGCCCCGAACCUCGACCCGGGCCCGGAUCUUGGUCCAAUUCCGAGCCUCCCUCCAAACCCGGACCUCAAAAUGGCCCAGGGUUUGGUGCCGGACCCCGCCCCGGACCUGGCCCCGGACCUGGCCCCGGACCUGGACACGGGCCUGGGCCAUGGGUUGGGCCUAAAACAGGAGGGAAAACUCCAGCCCGUGACCCCUGGGUUUCAUCUGUUCCCGGUCCUGCGCAUUCAACUAAAGUCAACGCAUCUUCUGUGCCAUGGGUUUCAUCUGGUCCCAGCUCUGGUGGGUCAACCAAAGUCAACGGUCCUGCUGUUCCUUGGGUUACAUCUGCCCUGGUUACAUCUUCUUCUGCCAGGGAUUCGCUUGGAAAGGAAGGAUCCAAGAAGGUAGGUGGUGAGAAGCCUACAGCUACAGGCAAGCCCGAUGACUUGAUCAUCCCCAAGCCUCGCCCAAAAACAGGCUCGGCACCAGCUUCGGCGGCCAUCCGUGCCUGGCUGCAACCUUAUAGUGGGAGUGGGAGUUCUGGUACGGACAAGGACCCGAAGCUGCCUAACGUUUCAACCACAUCAGCAAUACCAGCAGUAGCAGCAUCAUCAGGAGCAGCAGUAUCAGCAGCAGUAUCAGCAGCACCGGCAGCAGCAUCCCCACCAGCAGCACCACCUGCAUCGUCAGGUGCAGAUGAUAGCGAUAGUGAAAGCAGUGGCAGUGGGUAUAGUGAUGGUGGCGAUACUGGUAGUGAUGAUAGUGGUGGUGGUGAUAGUAACGGUGGUAGUGAUGGGGGUAGUGCUGGGGCUGCUACCAGUGGUGGGAAAAGGGAUAAGGGAGCGGCCAAGUCUGCACAUGUUCCUGGGUCGAAAAAGGAGGACUCUGGGCGGAAAGGUGCGGCUACAGAUGCAGCAACCAUGACAGAAGGAGCAGCAGUUGUGACGUCUGCAGCAACAGCAGCUGUAGCAACAGGGGUAUUGCCAGCAACAGCGGAAAGGCCAGCACCAGCAACAGCACCGCUCCCAUCAUCAUCACCAGCAGCAGCAGCAGGCCAGCUGGUAGCAGCAGCACCUGCAAUGACACCAGCAGCACCACCAGCAGCAGCAGCAGCACCAGCAGCAGCAAUAGCAGCACCAGCACCAGCAGCAGCAGCACCACCGGCCCCAACAGCAGCAGCACCAGCAGUACCAGCAGCACCAGCAUCACCAUCCUUACCAGUGGCAACACCAGAGGCACAGAUCUCUGCAGCAACAGCCCCAAUGGCAUACUACGCCCUCGCGUAUCCCCCCAACCAAUACCCUGGUACCCCUGGCAGCUACCCCUUUCCGUAUUCCAUGCCCAUGCCCUUGCCCAUGCCCAUGCACAUGCCCAUGCACAUGCCCAUGCCCAUGAAUAUGCCCAUGAAUAUGGCCAUGCCCAUGCCUAUGCCUAUGCCCAUGGCUGGCACAGAAAGUGGUGGUAGCUACCCUCCACAGCAGCAACAGCAGCCGCAGCAGCAGCAGCAGCAAGACCAGCAGCAGCAAGCGCAGCAGCAGCAGGAAUGGUGGGCACAGGCGUCGAUGCAAGCACAGAUGCACCCGCAGCUGCAGUAUCAGUACCACCAACAAGAGCAGUACCAGCAGCAGCAACAGCAGCAGGAGCAGCAGGAGAAACAGCAAGAGCAGCAGAAGCAACAGCAACUGCAACAGCAGCAGGAGGCAGUAGCAGCAGCAGCAACAGCAGGAGCAGCCGAUGUCAGUGCCAUGGCUGCUUUAGCAGCAACAGUGCAGCAGAGCCUUGCAAUGGUAACCAGUGCCAUGCAGCAGUGGGCUCAGGAGCGGGCUCAGCUGCGAACGUCACUAGAGCAGACGCAGGCUGAUCUGGUGCAGGUGAAAGCGGCUCGGGAGGAGGAUCGGGCGGAGAUCGGGAGGCUGAAAGGAGAGGUGGUGCGGAUGCAGGCGGAUGGUGGGGCCUUGAGACAGCUCCAGGCAGAGUUUGGUCGGCUGCGGGCAAAACAGGUGCACGGCGUUCGAGCUGUAGCCGAGGAUAACAAGGUCAAGGAGGAGCUCCAGAAAAUCGCAUCUGAAGCGUCCAAGACCCUCCAGAAAAUCACGGAAGACGCUUCUCACGUGUUAGAAGACGCUGCUCAUGCUAUCGAAGACAAGGUUAAGCUUCCAACCCCCGACGAGCUGCAAGAGCUUCAGGUGCAGACUCAGCAAGCAGCAGCAGAGGUGAAGCAUAAGGCCGAGAUUUUGGCGGAGCAGCUUAAAGUACAAGCUGAGAAGGCCAAGGUGCAGAUUAAGGAGCAGGCGGAGAAAGCGUCGCAUCAGAUAGAAGAAGCGCUGCAUCACGUGGAGGAGAAUAAGGAGCAGAUUGUUGCAGUUGCUAAGGACGCUCCAGGACCAAUCAGGGAGAUUGUGGAAACAGCCGUAUCAUCGCAUUCUAAGGACGCUGUGAGGAAAGGAGCGGUGAUUCAUGACUUCUGUCUGGGAAUCCCCUUUGGUGCUGUGCUGGUGGUUGGAGGCGUGACCUGGUUCACUUUGGCAGGGAGCGUCAACGCCCUUAGGUUUGGCAUGAUCAUUGGGGGUAUUAUCCUCGCUUGUAGCAUGUCCAGCCUCCAUGCGUGGCAGAAUCACCGUCCUUCUGCACUGUACAUUGCUAUCCAAGGAGUGAUUUCAAGCUUUGUGUUCGUCAAUGAAGCAACUCGCUUCGCUGUGACCAAGGCGUUUUUCCCAACUGGCUUGGCUGCACUGGCAAGCAUUUUCAUGGUGGCCUUCUACACAUACAUUUUCAUGUCCGGAGGAAACCGCCCUAAGGCACAAACGUCAAGCAUUGCAUAG